UCAAGAUGCUCGUAUAAAGUUCUUAUUAACUUUACCUCAAGAUGAAAUUGAUCAACCUGAUACAAAUUGGGAUGUAAGUUCUAUUAGUUCAGCUGAUACUAUUGGUACUAUUAAUGAAGAACCUGUCUUGGUAGAUAGUCAACCACAACCACAAAUGCUGCAUCGACAAUUACAAUUAGAAGCGCAUCUACAACAACAACAACUACAACAAGCGCAAGCACAAGCAGUACAACUGCAUUUACAAUUACAGGCCCAAGCCCAAGCUCAACAACAACAACAACAGCAAGCGUUAGCGCAAGCACAAGCAGCUGAAUGA